GUGAGAAUAAUGCAAAAGAACAGUAAAAGUUUUUUAGAACGUUUAAAACUAAUUUUCUUUGUGAUAAUUACAAUUUUAUCGAAAGGAAGUCGCAGGAAAUGAAAAGAAGGAAAUACGACGUUAACGUGCGCGAAACCAGACUGGAGGUACCUAUGUUGAAGAAAUAUUUGCCCUCUUAUCAAACACCGGGCUUAAUAGAAGAGCUGAAGGAACACGAUAGAAUAAGAUUAAUUCAGGAACGAGAAGCUAGAAGAUGGACAGCUUUGAGCGCUCUUCGAAGCGCUAAGGAUUCCUCGUCGAGUAUCAGAUCGAGAGAUCGGGCAUGCGGUACUUCUGUAAUAUGCGACGCUCAUGAAACCGCCGGCAGAUUAACCUCAGUCUCCACGAGCUUGACCGAGGGGAAUACCCUUCCUUAUCAAGAAACGCAAACCUUCAAAGACGUGAUGAGUGAGUUUCGGAAGAAAGUGAUAGAGGCUGGGAAGCCUCUAAUAUCUUUAUCUCAACGCGCAGAUAAAUGUAAAGACUUGAAACAAUUGUUUCCGAAAACAGAAGACCGUAGAGGAUUUACGGCACCGGAGUUGGAGAAAGUUGUUAACAGGUUUAAGCCAAUGUGUGAUAAACAUGAGAGAAAGGAGGAAGACGAGUGUACUACAAUAUAUAAAGCAACGCGAAGAUUUCAAAGUGAAUCAUUUAGCGAAAUAUCAUCAAUUUGCAGUUACUCUUGCGAAAAUCGUCGAUUUGACGUUUCAACUUCGCCGGAUGAAACUACAGAUAACAAUACUAAUAUUCCUUAAAUGUGUUAUAACAUGUGAUAAAAAAAUAUUAUGAGAUUAUUGUAACCACAGAUUAAUAUUAUUAUCUAAUAUAUUUUAAUUGUAAAUUGUUAUUAUUUAAAUAUUAAAGUUAUUUAAGAUUGUCCAGUCUAAAAGAAGGAGAUUCAAUUUUUAAAAUAUAAAUUUUAAAAAAAGCGCCCGAAUAUAGUAGACUUGGCAUAUUUUGCAAUGUUGCAAAAUUACAAAAUGAUUGACUGACAGUGGUAUCAUCGCAUGUCAAAUAUCUGUCGCAAAUUGUAUACGGGGCAACGUGUCAAAUAUUUAUCAGCUGAUACAAUAUUAAAAAAAAAAAAAAUACGCAUUAUUCGCACUCGUGCGGUAUAUACAUGCGGGUGCAAUAAUUUAUGUGCAUAACCGAAACAACAAGCAGCUGCGUUGAAGAUCCAUUUGAAAACAAGUGCAGCGACUAUCAGAAGCAAACAACAAUUUUCUUAUCGGUGGUUUCUGAACACUGCUGCAGCUAAAACGAUUAAUUAAUAUACGUAAUUGGCAUAAACCAAAGUAAACGAUAUAAAGUAUGAAAAGCUGUCUAUUACGGAGCUUUUAAGAACAAUCAUGUAAUUUUCGCAGGAAAAUUGAGAACACUCAUAAAUCACGAAGGAUUCUAAAAGUCGUGACUAUCGGAAAUGCGACCAACAAACUACGUGAAUAAUGUAUCGUUCGAUUUCCCGUGAGUACCAUCAAA